AUGUCGAAAAGAACACGCGAUGACUUCGACGACCCGAUACACGCGGAGGCAGACUCCAAGAAGCAGCACAUUGACCCCGUUGACGAAUUGAUUUCCAAUGUGUGUAAAGAUAUUCGUAGAAUGGGAGAAAAUGCCAACCUCGCUACCCAAGUGGAAGAUAUCAAUUACAUUUCCAACCCCAUAGUAGCUGAAUUCGAGAAAAUAGAUAAGCUCCGCACGGCGGUGUUGAGUACUAUCUAUGCCGUGGUGCUUGAACAGCCGCAAAAAAUCCCUGCUUUGAGUCAAUUGGUCCUCAUUUGCAAUGCCAAAAACUUUCUAGUUGCCAAAUACGUGAUUGAAUUUUUUCAUACUCGUACACAAGAGAUGUUGGACAAGAUGGUAGCUCCGGUAGAUUUUGAGUCUGAAAGUGACACCAGUGAAGACACAGGCACGAUAAAUAAGCUCAAGACAACCUUGCGAUUUCUCGCUUGUAUUUCUCCCAUAAUCGAAAAUAAUGGGGUUGUUUCCAUGUUCAAAACUUUGAUGGAAUUGGCAGUAAACUUGCAGACUUCGGAGGAUACACGGAAUGGAGCCGCUGAACAAAUUUAUUACUCGGUGCUCAUCGCAUUACCAUAUUUGCUAUGCAAUGAUACUUCUUCUGAGAUGAUGGAACAAUGUAAUGGGUUGGUUGAGCAAGCUUCGCUUUUCCCCAUCAGAGAGUCCGAUGCUUCAAUUGAUAUUUUGUCACCUUUUGACCCAAAACUCUCAAAUUUUAAAGAGAGUUUGCCUUAUGUGCCCAAAAAAAUCACCAACUUGAUCUUGCCUGCUCUUUUAGACUUGCAAGGCGAAGACAAAAAAUGGUCAAAACUCAUCGGGCAUCUUUUCUUGAGCUUUAAUCCUCUUGUGGACCCGAUAUUGAAGGAUGCGUUGAGCGCCAAUACCAUUUCCAAUGAUUUGGUUAAGCAUAACCUUCCUCAAUUCUCCAUUCCUUCAGUCGACGCUUUGCACGACCACAAACCUACUGGUCUAAUUGACGAGUUAUGGUACCAUCAUCCAAGACUUUUGUUUCAGGUGUAUAACAAUACUCUGGGGCUCGAAACCGUACCUCCAAUCGAAUCUUUUUUUGGCUUAUUCUUCAAGGAUUUGGCGUUCGAUAUCUUGACCAACUUGUCAUUUAAUAAAGACGAAGCUUCGAUCCAAUUAUCUAUCUUGGAUCUCUACUUUAGUAAGGAUUUGUUUGCUCCUCCAGGUUCGUCCAUUGACCAGUUGAAACUUAUACAAAAAGACAACGAAGAGGGAGUGAACAACCCUCCUCUCUCUACCUGGAAAAUUGAAGAUAUCGCGGUUGAAAGUAUUUUGACCAUGAUAUUCCAGCUUCCCCGGUCGUUACACCAUGAAAUAUACUAUUACACUGUGCUCAUUGCCUGCUGCAGAGAGAGCCCCGAGUCAAUUGCUCCGGUUUUCGGCAGGGCCAUCAGAUAUUUCUACAACCAUUUGGAGACUUUGGACUACGAGCUCAAGAUACGGUUUUUGGACUGGAUGACGAUACAAAUUUCCAACUUUGAUUAUAGCUGGAAAUGGGACGAAUGGGUUGACGAUUCAGUCAGACUCAGAAACUUGAAGCACCACCCCAAGAGAAACUUUAUCAAAAACUUGAUUGCAAAAGAAAUCCGUCUUUCCAACAAAAACAGAAUCAAAGAGAGUUUUGUCGCUGUGAAUCCCGACCCGGAUGCCACUGACCGUUUUGUUCUUCUCGAAGAGUUCUACAAGUAUUUGAACCUCUCGCUUGUCGACAACCCCAACGAGUACAUUGCCAGUUACGACUCAAAGCUCUAUGGAAACGACGAGGAAAUUAGCGGCAUUUUAAAAGAACUUCAGGUAGAGGCAUUGGACAAAAUCAGUCAGAAGUCGUUGGUUUCAGCACAAGAUGAGGUUCAAUUCUAUUUUGGAAACAACCGCUUACCGCUCCAUGAGAUCUCAAACAAGGUUUAUGAGUUCCUUGUUGCACAAUGGAAGCCCAAUGAAGAUCUUCUUGACAUUUACCAAGAAUUGCAGGACAAUUUGAGUAGCCACCCAGCGAUUGACGCUGAGACUUUUACCGUCAAUGUCUUUCUCCAGACUUACGCAUACCUCGGUUCCAGGUCUAUCUACUCGGUUGUAAGUCUCAUUUCCAGAGACAAGCUCAAACUCAAGUACUUGUUGGGUGCCCCAAUUGACGACAAAGAUUACGUCCCUGGCUCCACCUUUCGUUUCGAGGAAAGAAACUUGACACAGGAGCAAAUAGAUAAGCGCCAGAAUCUUGCAAUUGACUCUAUUUUCCGUUUAUGGGUGAAUCAAUCGCAAAUGGCAUUUUUGCUUUUGGAGUACCUCAUCGAGUACAAAAUUUUGCAGCCAAUUUAUUUGGUGGGCAAGUGUCUCAGCUUGGAAACCAAUCUUGUCAUAGACAACGUCGCUUGUAUGGAGAGUAUCAAUCGGAUUCUUGAGUCUUCGUACACCACAGAUCGUGACGAAUUCAAUGUUCUCUACCAGUACUUACUCGAGCGAAUCAUACAGAAUUUGAGUCUGUUGGCUGAAGGUAACAACGAUGAGAUCAAAAUUACCACGGAGUUUAGCGACGAAGAAGCCGAUGACUUGGAGAAAAUGAAUGUCAUAGAUAAGCAAUGGCUCUUCUACGAGUAUACUGGGUUGCUAAAAUCGUACUUGAGAAAAUACUACGAAGAGUCAACGGUUACUCAGCAGAUCCAAGACUUGACUAAUGAGCCUGCAAAGCAGCAGAUUAUGACCUGGAUCGAGGAGUUGUCUAGAAAGUAA